UCGCUUGCGCUUAGUCCCGCAUCCCGUUAGUUAAAAGCAAAGCGACUAAAAACAACAACAACACAAGUCUCUAUAGAUUUUAUCAAUAUGAUCGAAGUUGGCCACAACAAUGCUCAAGCGCCCUGCAUUCGUUCUCAUGCGUUCUUCUCGUAUAAAUAAGCCGCUGCGCUCUGUAUUUGAUAACAUUUGCAGUUGUAUUUUGCAAGCUCGUGGUUCUAGUAACAAACCAUUUUAAUCACUCUAAAUUUGUAUAAUCAAAAUGAACAAAUACUUAGUGUGCUUUGCUCUUUUCUUGGCCGUCAUCUGUUGUCUGUCCGUGACAGAGGCUGCUCCAGCUCGUGAACAGCUGCUCGAUUGGCAUACCGCUAUUGAGAAGAUAAUUGCGGCCUAUGAAAGACGUUAUUCCGGACCAUCGAGAAUCUAUCCACCAGAGAUCGCUCACGUGGUCGAUCCCAAAAACAUUUACCUCGCUUAGUUUGUACCGUGAAUGUGUUUAUUGCAUUGCCGUCAGGCUGUCUCUAGUGGUUGUGUGUUCGAACUUUAAGGCUUACUGUACCUAAAUAAUGUUAAAAGCAAAGAUAUUAAAAUUAAUAAAAACUGAGAUUAAAAAUUAAAA